AGCGUUUGAACGAGACUUUCUCGGAACAAUGUAUUUGAGUCCAAUACACAAUAACAGUAUCACGCUGUAGCGGUAGAUAGAAAGGAACCUUUUAAUACAAGACCAAAAAGAUAUGUACAACUAGUAUAGUGGCCCCUUUAAAUUUGCUGGGCGCUUGUCAAGCUACAUGUCACAUGCGGCAGCCAUGGAGCUGAGUCUCGUAGUUGCCUUUGUAGUAGUUGUUCUUUUCUGGUCGCUCUACCUGUUAUAUUCCAAACUGAGCCGCACUUGGGAGAGGCUGUGUAGCCAGUUUGAUGAUGCUUAUCGCAUGGGGUUGCAAUCGUCCACAAAACAGAAACCACCCGGACCAAUCAGUGCACCUAAUAACUAUCUCCAGAGAACGUUAAACGACCAAAGACACGUGGUACAUUCUUGUAGAAAUUUCUACGUGGAAGCUGAUAGAAUGUUUCAGACUUUCCAAGAGAGCACUCGCUAUAAUCUGAACUGUCUGCGCACGAAGUAUCGAAGACGAAUCAGAACAAUGAUGAGAGACUUGCGACAAGGCGAAUUCAAAAUUUUGGUCGCAGGAGAACUGUCAGCUGGAAAAAGUAGUUUUCUCAAUGCUUUAAUGGGGGAAGACAUUUUACCGGAAGCAUACCAGAAAAGUACGCGAAUGUUUUGUGAAAUAAGCCACCACCCCAUCGAGAAGACGGCGUUCAUCUUGCGUCCGGGUGGCGGUCAGGCGGUGACAUUAGAUCUCAGCAAGGAGGAAGACAGAUCGGCGUUCCAAGAUUACGUGCAAGGAAUAAAGAUCAAUAACGAGCCGCCAUUCAUGCCGUUUGAAAAGGCAAAAAUUAAAUAUCCUCUACCCAUACUUAUGGGUAAAACCCGUGAAAACCAACCUCAACAUGAUGAGGCAACAGAUGAAAACGAUGAAAACGGGAAAGGGGAACUGGUCGCCGUCGCCUUCGUUGACAGCCCUGGUUUUCAAGUCGCUGAAGAUGUGAAGACAUUUCACAGGCUUGCUGAAUACACUCUCGGCUGUUUCGCUUUCAUUUACGUUGUCAACAUGGCUAUUCCGCACGGCGUGGCUAAGAAGGGACUGGCCAAGCUCAUGCGUAAGGUGUCAGGUAUGGGGGUUCACAACCGCGCUCGGCUGUUCAAUCCAAAAUCAGCUAUAUUUAUCUGCAACAAAUGGGACGUCGUCCCGGAGGCAGAAGAGGACACCGUUUCUAAGGACACCUUUGAGAGGUUACAAGAUUCUUGGCCAGGUUUACAAGCAAGCCGUGUAUUUCAUGUUUCAAUGAAACAGGUGAAAGAAGCUCACGGACGGGGGGAACAACACGAAAUAUUCAUGGAUGUCGUUAAAUCAAUUGCUGACCUUCUUCCAAACGCUGUUCUCUUCCAAAUAGAACACUACUGCCAGUGGUUAAAACAUGUUCUUGAUGACGGCAUAUAUGUAUGUUCUGUUGGGAUUAAUAUGAAGAGACUUUACAACGAACCUGAUGUGCGUUCACGCAGGAUACACGAAAUAAGCAAAAGUUUUCAAAACCUACAAGAAGAGGUUAAUAAGUCACAAAAAAUUAAAGAAGGGGCUUUGAAACAGCUACAGUCGAUUUUGGUUGCUGAAUUCCGCGGUGCUUUAGAAGCAGACACGGAGGAAGCACAUGCCUUAAAUGUGUGGUCUGAGGCAGCGUGUCCUCUCCCCCCGGGACCAGGGCGUACGUGGGAUACUGUAAAACAGGAAAUCAAUGCCAAGUUACAGAUACGACUGUUGGAAUAUCUGCACCCAGCCAACAACGAAAGAUAUUGCGAAAAGAUCGAGAACCUCAAGGAAGAUUUCCACCAAUCUUUGAAACAAGAAUCGGUGCGCUUCGUAGAUAAAUUGCAGAAAAUAGAAAGUUACCUUCUCAACGAUCCUUGCCCCAAGCGAACCAUGUUUGUUGACCCCAGUGACAUUGCAGACUUGUUUGAAGAGAGUAUACCCGAGACGCCAUUCACACCAUCCCUCCAGAGUUUGUCGCUUCAUCAACCACAGCCCGACCCCAAUAUGCAGGAAUACAUGGCCAAAUGUUUGGACAACUACGUAGAAAGGGUAAAAACCAAUCAAUCCACUCUUCUGGACCGCCUUUCCCGUCACGUCCUGCAGGGCUGUCGGAAGGAAAUCAACAUCACCUACCAACCAAUCCUGCAGUGGAUAGAUGGGAACCUUGAAAUUUUACGUCGUCUCAAGCAGGACGAAACUUUCACCGAAAGCACCGCCAAAUUGCAAGAAGAGCGAACGAGGCUGGAAAGUUUAAGUCGCCAGAUUCAGACUUUCUAUAUAGGCCAGGUGUGGCAACAUGAGUUUCAAGCUACUGACAUUGCUGACUGGCCAAAUUUACUGUACACCACUAACCCGGUAUCUGACGGAGGGUAUAGGAAGGUUUACCGAGCCGAUAUCCUACAACCCGACAACACCACCUACCCCGUGGUGAUCAAAGUGGUGAAGGAGGCGCUGGGCGUCGAUGGUCGUCUGCCAAAUGAUCUUGACAUUUAUGAAGAAUGCGAAAGAAUGAGACAGCUGACCAGAGCUGGAUGUCCAAACUUUGUCCAGUAUUAUGGUUCGGCCAAAUACAUCACCGGUGACCUCUACUAUUUAAUCCUGGUCAUGGAAUGGUGUAACCAGGGAUCACUACGUGACGUCAUCACUAACGAUUCCAAUUUGCUUCCAGGGACUAUGCAAGGUGUGGGCAAUGAGGAACGUUUAGCCGGCAUCCGGUACGCGGCGGAUUACGCCAUACAGGCAGCUACCGCUAUCCGAUACUUACAUGAUGUUGGACUUGCCCAUCGAGAUAUCAAAGCUGAAAACUUUUUGAUCACGGAGACUAACAACAGGAAAGUUGUAAAAAUCUGCGACGUUGGUGAAGCAAAGAGAGAGACCGUCUUGCGUACAGGAAAGACAGGUACUGUCCUCUACUGGGCACCAGAAUUGUGGUCUGGUGGCAGUGGCUGCGUGAGAUAUGACAAGAGUUGUGACAUCUACAGCUUCGGACUCUUGCUCUGGGAGCUCUGGUAUGGCAGGCGAGUGUAUUACACAGGCGGCGGUGAUACCUUUAACGAGGAAAGAUUUAGGGUUGCCGUGGUUGAACGGGGCUGGAGACCCGAUUGCAACGGGCAUCUGCGGCCUGUAGCCAAGUGGCUUUCUCUCAUGCGGAGAUGCUGGGAUGCCAAAAGUGACAACCGUCCCAGAGCGAAAGAUAUCGUGAAAGAUGUCGCUGCAGUAAAUAAUUUGGCCCUUCAUGACAUAGAGAUGGAAUAUACUCAGUAGUGUAUACAGUUAAGAUGUAGACGUCUACGUAGAUUAAGAGUAUCCUUUCAAGUCCUUUAAAGAUUAUUGCACGCGGUGCAUUUGGUUUUUUUAUGCUGAAAAACUGUCAUUUACUUUCAUGUGAUGGAAACACUUCUUCGUCAAUAACUGGUGAACAAUUACACGCACUCGUAUCAUCUUUUCUGAUGCAAAUACAUUGCAUGAAUAUCAUUACAUAUUAACUGUGGAUAACAUACCAUCAGAGCAAAAAAAAAAUCACUGUUGAGCCAUUUUUAAAUUUCUUCGCGUGCUUUCAAGCUCGAAGUGCUUCAAAGUUUUAAAGGGGUUAAAUGUUGAACAUUAAAGGGUAAUUCUCAGCUUAGCUGACAUACGAGUACAUAUACAUAUGCCCAUGUACAUGAAUGCAUGCAUUAUAUACGCCAGCUGCACAGCAGUUGCUAUGUGGCUCUGAAUAUUUCAAGGCGCACUUGAAAAAACUACGCGGCAAGAUUGUUCAAAUGUAUUUUAAAGAAAAUUCAAAAUUUACCACUGUUAAUGGAUCGGAAUGAUUAUUUAACAUGCAUACAAUAUCUUAGAACAAUGGAUCUUAGUUAUGAAUUAUAGGUGGCGCAUCUGAUUCCUAGCUAACGUCAAUUCAAUAUUUAUUUAGUAUGCUUUAUUUUUUUAAAUAUAAU